CCUGGCCGCUUCGCUGCAGGGAGUUCAUUUCACUAGCGACUAACGCUACACAGCAAACUGAAACUACUAACGCUACACAACAAGCUGCAACUAUUAUCCAACACUACACAACAAGCUGUAACUAUUAUCUAACGCUACACUGCAAGCUGAAACUAUUAUCUUAUGCUACACAACAAGCUGCAACUAUUAUCUAACGCUACACAGCAAGCUGAAACGAUUAUCCAACGCUACACAGCAAGCUGCAACUCUGAAGACAAUUAGUGGCAACUAACAACUGACAACAAGCUACGACAGGAGUUCAUUUCACUACCGACUACCAGCUAAGAACACAACAAGCAGUCACUUGCUGAAACUACAGUGUGACAGCUGUUAGAACAAUUCUGUUGGAACCAUUCUAUUAGAACUAUUCUGUUGGAACCAUUCUAUCGGAACUAUUCUGUCGGAACUAUUCUGUUGGACCUACAAGGAAGGUGGCGCCAGUGGAGUUGUCAUGGAGAAUUCUGUGUUGUGGAUAUUCCUGACAGCAACAUGCGUUAUUAAAGGUGUGUGUAGUCAGUCAGUCCAGAUGGAAGCCGAACAGUCAGGGUUCGUGGGCUCUAAGGUGGAUCUACCAUGUCUUUUUAUCAACAGCAUCCCACCUGUCAAGAUCUCACAGGUGACAUGGCAGAAGGUGAUUAAUGGAAAGAAACAGAACGUGGCGAUAGCCAACCCGUCUCUAGGCGUGUCUGUGGCUCCGCCCUUCAAAGACAGAGUCAGCUUCAAAAACCCUGUGGUGCGGAGGAAAACUCCGUCCCUGGAGGACACCACUCUGACCUUCUCGUCUCUGCGACUGUCUGACGAGGCCAGAUACAUCUGUGAAUACACGACCUUCCCUGCUGGCAACCGCGAAAACACGGUCAACCUCACAGUCUACGCCCGACCUUUGACCCAGAUGAGUUUGUCGACACCCACACUGGUAGCUCGGUCAUCCAAUCUGAAGACGCCGGUCGCCACCUGCCUCUCGGCCAAUGGGAAGCCUCCAGGAACCAUCAGGUGGGACACGCGUGUGCGUGGUGAGGCGACCACCCAGGAGAUCCGUAACUCUGAUGGGACGAUCACGGUACGAAGCGACUUCAUCCUGGUACCCAGCAAGAAUACACAUCUGGAGAAACUCACCUGUAUCACCUCCUAUAACCAGGAGACAUACACCGACUCUGUCACGCUGGACAUACAAUAUGAACCAGAGGUGUCAGUGGAGGGGUUCGAUGGGAACUGGUACCUGGACCGUCAGAAUGUUGAGCUCACAUGUCUGACCGAUGCCAACCCACCUGUCUCUCUGUUCCAGUGGAGAAUGUUGAAUGGUUCCAUACCGAACAGCGUAGAGAUCCGUGACAAUGUCCUGUUAUUUAAAGGACCAAUCAGAUACGAGGUAGGAGGGAUUUAUGUCUGCGAUGCAACCAAUAGCAUCGGGACAAGCUCCGCCUUCAUGGAGAUCAGCAUCACAGAAGAGCCACUGCCCCAGGUGGGAACGGGUGAUGUCUUCAGUGUUCUGGGCAUGCUAUUGGCUGUGGGACUGAUUCUGGGCGUGGCGAUCACUGUGCUGCUUCUUAACAGGAGAAAACAGAGGGGAGAGAUGGAUGCUGACUCGACAGACUCUGCUCCUUCUCUUAAACUGGCUCCUCCUCCUGCCAGGAGAAAACCUGGUGAUGAGUUCCAGCGGUCAGGGAGGGUGUAUGAGGACCUCCCCAACACAGCGGACUAUGUCAGCUACCGACUGGCCUGCAACAAGGAUGACUACCCAGAACCCUACUCUCCCCCCAUCAACCCUCCUCUCUCCCUCCCCGACUCUCCACCUAUCAACCCUCCCCUCUCCUUCCUCUCCCAGCACGCCUACACCCACUCCAACAAUACCUUCUCCCCCGCCUCCCAUCCCUCCUCUGUCUUCAGAUAUCCUUCCCUCCCCUCCCUAUCCCCCCCUCCCGGCCUUGCACCCUACACCUUCCCUAAAGAACAGUAUGUCUGACCUGUAUCCACUGACCUGUAACACCUCUCCAGAGACCACGGACCAACAGCUUUUCUCUGUCUUCUGUUCCCCUCUCCUUCAUCUUCUGUUCAUCCACUGACCUCAGAAUGUUUUCCAAUCCUAGAUAUGAGUGUGUGUGUGUGUGUUUAAAGUGUGUUUUGUGCAAGGGGGCAUUGUCAUGCUGAAACAGGAAAGGGCCUUCCCCAAACUGUUACCACAAAGUUGGAAGCACAGAAUUCAAUGUUAUUGAAUUAUUUGCCUUCACUGGAACUAAGAUGCCUGAACCAUGAACAACUGCUCCAGACCGUUAUUCCUCCUUCGCCAAACUUUACAGUUGGCACUAUGCAUACAAGAAGGAAGCGUUCUCCUGGCAUCCACCUAACCCAGAUUCCUCGGACUGCCAGAUAAUGAAGAGUGAUUCAUAACUCCAGAGAACGUGUUUCCACUGCUCCAAAGUCCAAUGGCGGCGAGCUUUACCUCCCUCCAGCUGAUGCUUGGUAUUGCAUGUGGUGAUCUUAGGCUUGUGUGCGGCUGCUCGGCCAUUUAAUGAACCUCCCAAUGAACAGUUCUUGUGCUGACGUUGCUUCCAGAAGCAGUUUGGAACUCAGUAGUGAGUGUUGCAACCGAUGACAGACGAUUUUCACGGUGAUAUGCGCUUCAGCACUACGCUACUCCCAUUUUGUGAGCUUAUGUGGUCUACCAUUUCACAGCUGAGCCGUUGUUGCUCCUAGACAUUUCCACUUCACAAUAACAGCACUUACAGUAGACGGGGCAGCUCUAGCAGGCCAGAAAUUUGAUUAACUGACUUGUUGGAAAGGUGGCAUCCUUUGACGGUGCCACGUUGAAAGUCACUAAGGUCUUCAGUAAGGCCAUUCUACUGCGAAUGUUUGUGUGUGGAGAUUGCAUGGGUGUACGCUCAAUUUUAUACACCUGUCAGCAACGGCCCAAUCCACUAAGUUGAAGUGGCAGCAGCGUAUAUGAUGAUUGUAUGUGAGUGUCAGUAUACUGUAUCUAUAUGUACAUAUUGUGUGUGUGUAUGCAGAUGAUGGAGCGAGUGUUUUGUAUGUGUGUUGGAGUAUCAGUGUAUAGGGCCCUGUGAGUGUGCAUAGAGACUGUGCAAAAAUAAAAAUACAAUACAAAGGUCA